UACACCCACCCCCCACCGCCUCCGAGCGAGGAACACACCCCGGAGCCCCGGGGAGUGGCGGGGACCCGGUGCAGUGGCGGCGGCGGCCGAGGGGUGGCACGGCCGAGCCAGGCGGUGAUGCUGCCGGGGAGGGUCCCCGGGCUCCGCACCCCCGGCCCCGCAGCCUCAUCUUCCUCUCCGCCUGCAUCCUUGCUUCCUUGCGCUCCCUUUUCCUGGAAUCCCUGCUUCCCAGCGUCCCCGCGUUCCUGCUUCCCAGCAUCCCUGUGCUCCCGCAUCCUCCCAUCCUCCCGUUCCUGCAUCCCUCCCUCCAUCCCGCCCUGCAUCGCUCCAUCCAUCCUCCCAUCCCUGUAUUCCUCCAUCCGCCCUGCAUCCCUCCUCCCAUCUUCCCAUUCCUCCUUCCAUCUUCCCAGCCCUCCAGCCCUGCACCUUUCCCUCCACCCCCGCACCCUCCUCAGCACCACAGAGGAGCUAAUCCUUACCCAGCUCCCCGGCCCUGGGUGGGGAGCAGCAGAGGCUGGCAGCACAGGCCCAGAGCCGGGGGCGUGUGUGUGGGGAGGGGGGGGACGUUGCAGCUGGGCUCUUUGGCAGCACCCAGGGGUGCAGAGGCUGAGUCACCCUCACCCAGCACCCAGCACCCCCCAUCCCAGCAUCCCCCACCCCCGGGGAUGAGGCAGCAGCGAGGGGGACUCUGCUCCAUCAGGCAGCGACGCCGCAGCUGAGGCUGGCAGGAGCUCUCAGCCCACCAUGCCCUCCUCCAAGCCCAGCAGUGAGUUCUGGAUCGAUGGAUCCCGACGGGAUGCAGCCCUGGAGGAUUUCUAUGUCGUGGGCCCCGAGCUGGGAAGAGGAGCCACCUCGGUGGUGUACAGCUGCGAGGAGAAGGGCACAGGCACCCCCUACGCUGCCAAGAUCCUGAAGAAGACAAUCGACAAGAAGAUUGUGAGGACAGAGAUUGGAGUCCUGCUGAGGCUCUCACACCCCAACAUCAUCAAACUGAAGGAGAUCUUCGAGACCCCCUCUGAGAUCAUCCUGGUGCUGGAGCUGGUGACAGGAGGAGAACUCUUUGACAGGAUCGUGGAGAGAGGCUUCUACAGCGAGCGGGAUGCAGCCCACGUGGUCAAGCAGAUCCUGGAAGCUGUCUCGUACCUGCACAAAAACGGAGUUGUGCACCGGGACCUGAAGCCGGAGAACCUUCUCUACGCAGACCUCUCCCCUGAUGCUGCCCUCAAAAUCGGUGACUUUGGGCUCUCCAAGAUCGUGGAUGAGCAGGACACCAUGAAAACAGUCUGCGGGACGCCCGGGUACUGCGCCCCUGAAAUCCUCCACGGCUGCCCCUAUGGCCCCGAAGUGGAUAUGUGGUCCGUGGGUGUCAUCACUUACAUCCUCCUCUGUGGCUUUGAGCCCUUCUUUGACCCCCGUGGGGACCAGUACAUGUACGGCCGCAUCCUGACCUGCGACUAUGAGUUUGUGUCUCCCUGGUGGGAUGAAGUUUCCCUCAAUGCCAAGGACUUGGUCAGGAAGUUGAUUGUCCUGGACCCCCAGAAGAGGUUGACUGUCCAGCAGGCUCUGCAGCACCCCUGGGUCACCGGGAAAGCUGCCAAGUUCGCCCACAUGGACAGCACCCAGAAGAAGCUGCAGGAGUUUAACGCCAGGAGGAAACUGAAGGCUGCCAUGAAAGCCGUGGUGGCUUCCAGCCGCUUGGGCAACCACGGGCACCACGACUGCGCCCGCAGCGGGCGCGGCCAGGGCGAAGGGCCCCCAGGCUCCUGCCCUCCCCAGGGGGCAGGGACUGCUGCCACCAGGACCACCGCCGCCGCCGCCGCCGCCACCGAAGAGCUCAACGCCUUCCAGGGUGACCCCACAGCCCCCGCGGUGCCCCUGAACGGUGCCGGCUGCAAGAGCUAACCUGCUCGGUGCCACCGAGAGCUCGCCACGGCUGCCACAAGCAGUGUGCCACCACCCCUGCGACGCUGCCACCGGGAGAGCUGGGGGAACCUAGGGGGGGACAGGAGCACCCCGAGUGGAGCCUGUGGUCUGUCACCGUGGAGCAUCCCUCCGCAGUGUCCUGUCGCUGGCAGCCGGUGGCUGUGCAAGGACAAGGGGACUCUGCCUGCUGACAAAGGAACACUUUGGGCCUCUGCGGCUUGAAAAGGUCCUGGCUGGCUUCGGAACGAGGAGCAAACAGCAGGAGAAAGGACUUUCCCCAGCCCCCUUCCCUGCAACGAGUUUAGUCUCUGUCUGUAAAUAGCCCCCUGAGGGGACAGGCUGCAGCCAGGUUGUCGCCGCUGUCACUGCUGGGGCAGAAGAGGCUUUGAGAGCAGCCUGAGCUGCAGCCUGCUGCUGGGGCAGAAGAGACUUUGAGAGCAGCCUGAGCUGCAGCCUGCUGCUGGGGCAGAAGAGGCUUUGAGAGCAGCCUGAGCUGCAGCCUGCUGCUGGGACAGAAGAGGCUUUGAGAGCCUCUUUGGAGAGCCCUUUGGGCACCUCCAGAUUUAGGCAAGCUCUGGUUCGUGCUUUGGUUCCACUCCAGCUCCGUUUGCCCCCCCAGUUUGGCACUGCCAUGCUGGUGUGGCACUGCCAGGGACUGGCAGCAGCAGCAGCCUCACCACUGCCACUCCAGUUCGGAUUGAGACGAGGAAGCUUCAACAGAGCCCCGCAGGAGGUGACUCUUCCCCCAGCACCCUGCGACGCUUGAACCUGCCGCACUGCUGCCGCUUCCCCGGCGAGGAUGAGGAGUUGGUGGCCACCCUGAGGGGGGGUUAAGACUAAUUGGACUCAGCUCUUGCCAAUUAAGGUGUUUUUUAAUUGUUAUCAUUAGUGUUUUUAGGCAGCUCUUUGCCAAGCUGCAGGAGAAAGGGUUGCAGGGUUCAAUACAGGACAGCAAAAGCCAUAUUCUGGGGGGGGGGGAUUGGAGAUCGAGCUGCAGAUCUGAGCACCUGAGGCAAUGAGGGAGGCUCCCACUCCUGAAAACUUUGGGCUGGAUGCAUAAAAUAGAGGGUUUGGGCCACAAAAUCCCCCCAAAAUUAGCUGGAGUAGAAUGGGAUUUGUACAUAUUGGGUCAGAAACAGGUGGAGAAGGAUGAAAUUGGUGCACUUUGGGGUAAAAACAGCUGGAGAAGAAUUAAAUGUGUAUAUAUUGGGUCAAAAACAGCUGGAGGAGGAUGAAAUUUGUACAUAUUGGAUCCAAAACAGCUGGAAAAGGAAGAAAUUGAUACAUAUUGGGUCAAAACAGCUGGAGAAGGAAGGAACUGGUGCAUUUUGGGUCAAAAACAACUGGAGAAGGAUGAAAUUGGUGUACUUUGGGUCAAAAACAGCUGGAAAAGGAAGAAAUUGAUACAUAUUGGGUCAAAAACAGCUGGAGAAGGAAGGAACUGGUGCAUUUUGGGUCAAAAACAGCUGGAGAAGGAUGAAAUUGGUGCACUUUGGGUCAGAAACAACUGGAGAAGGAUAAAAUUGGUGUACUUUGGGUCAAAAACAGCUGGAGAGGGAUGAAAUUUGUACAUAUUGGGCCAAAAAACAUCUGGAGAAGGAUGAAAUUGAUACACGUUGGGUCAGAAACAGCUGGGGAAGGAUGAAAUUGGUGCACUUUGGGUUAGAAACAGCUGGAGAAGAAUUAAAAGUGUAUAUAUUGGGUCAAAAACAGCUGGAGCAGGAUGGAAUUUGUACAUACUGGAUCAAAACCACCUGGAGGAGGAUGAAAUUUGUACAUGUUGGGUCAAAAACAUCUGGAGAAGGACAAAGUUGGUACACAUUGGGUCAAAAGCAGCUGGAGAAGGAUGGAAUUGGUGCACUUUGGGUUAAAAACAGCUGGAGGAGGAUGGAAUUUGUACAUAUCAGGUCAAAAACACCUGGAGAAGGACAAAGUUGGCACACACUGGGUCAAAGGCAGCUGGAGAAGGAUGAAACUGGUGCACAAGAUUGGUUGUUUUUAAGUGUAGCUCAGCUAGGAAGGGCUGCAAAGAGUUAAACUGCUGCAGCUGGAAACAGGCUGCUCCAGGCCCCCACUUCGGUGCUGAGCAUGGGGCAGGGCUGAAAGGGAAGCAGAAGGCAGCAGGCAGCUGUCCCACAAUGACUUCCAGAUGUGCCCUCAGCACAAGCAGAAAUCACCAGGGUGGCAUCUGAGGGGCUUGACCCACACCCAGCGAGGCUCAUUUGGGCUCAGGGUGCUUGGAAAGCUGCAUGUGAGAGGAGACAGCAGAUAGAGGGCAAGGGCUGAGGGUUUAAGCUGAAAGAGGGAGAUGCAGACUGGCUCUAAGGAAGGCUUUUUGGACACUGAGGGUGGUAAGACCUCGGUCCUGGUUGCCCAGAGAGGUGAGAGAUGUCCCAUCCCUGGAACCAUUCCAGCUCAGGUCGUUUGGGGCUCUGAGCAACCUGCUGCAGGGGCAGAUGUCUCUGCUGCCUGCACUAAAUGAGCUGUAAAGGUCUCUGUUCACCCAACCCAGGCUGUGGAUCUAUGUUCAAGAAGUUUUUUUCACUGGGAAAAAAUAAAAUCCUAGUUCUGAGCAGGGACUGAGAGGAUUUCAAGCUAUCAGCCACACCUCUAGUGGGGGAGCAGCUGCACAGCAAGACUGCAGGCUGGAGCAAGGCAGCUCUGGUAAGGUGAGAGAAACAUCAGAAAUGAAGCUGAGAUGCUCCAGCAAGGGCAAGUUUCCUCUUUUCUCCUUGCACUUUGCAGGAGGGGAGGUUGUUUUCUCUCCUUAAAGGGCUGAGCCUCAAGAGUGUGCUGAACUCUGGCCUCCUACCCUGGCUGGAUGUGAUCCUCUGUGUCCUUCAGAGCCUCACUUUCACCCCAGUGAGGCCAGCAGUCCCAGCCUGAACCGUGCUGCUUGCUGACCCGAGCCUGGCUUGCAUCCUUUGACACGAAAUGGUUAACUUCAACACCUUGCAGCACCAAGCUGGAGUGCUCAGCAGGCACACAGCCUGCGAAGCAGGGACGGUAGGGAACGUUGCUCUCCCCACAGCCCACUCCUGACCCCGCAGAGCAACGGGAAAUAGGAUGCAAAUUAGCCAGCAGUGAGCAACGAAGUGUCCUCAGCAGUGAGCAACGAAGUGUCCUCAGCAGUGAAGGCAGCCAAGGGAAAACUGUGGGGGACAAAAAAGAGAGGGAGUUUGUUUCUUCUGUGAUGUUAAUGAAGUGCUGCUGCAUAAAUACCAGUACAGGCAGGGGCAAAAGAGAUGUCCUCCCGGGAGAGAAGCCAUCAGGAGGCACCGUUGGGGUCUGUGUGCUGUUUUCAGGCUGUGUUUUUACUAACUCCCUCCUUCAGUCUCGUGGUGACAUUCCAGGUGUCAACAGGAACUUAUAACCAAGUAUAGACAGCUAAUAAAGUGCAAGCAUCACA